UAAAACCAAUAUUAACAUAAGAAAAGCAUUAAGGGAUGGGGAUAGAGGUGCUCUAAAUAUGGACACAGUGCUCCCAUUGACACAUCUGCACGACCAUCUUGAUUUCAUGUUUUGGUCUCACAAGGAAGGUAUGGUGAAGGAAAAUGAGUAUUAUGACAUCUUAUGCGUCAAAGCUGAUGCUUCAGAUGCUGACAUUAAAAAGGCUUACUACCUAAAAGCAAGAAAAGUUCAUCCAGACAAAAACCCUGGAGAUCCUCAAGCUGCUAAAAACUUUCAGGUAUUAGGCGAGGCUUAUCAGGUUUUGAGCAAUCCGGAAAAGCGAGCAGCUUAUGACAAAUAUGGCAAAGAAGGUGUCCAACAGGAUGCAAUGGUAGAUCCUGCAGCUGUAUUUGGUAUGCUUUUCGGAAGCGAAGUCUUUGAAGAAUAUGUUGGGCAGCUUGCACUUGCUUAUUUGGCAUCAAUCGAAGCUGACUUAGAAUCAUAUGAGCCUGAUAUGGGUUUGGGGUUUCGGCAAGGAAAUCAAGAAGAAAAGGUGGAUCGGGUGACUCUCACCGAAGAUCAGUUUCUCAUUCUUCUUGAGGGUGAUGCCAUUAAUGUCACAUGCCAGGACACUAGUUGGGUGAUUGACAGUGGAGCUACUGCUCAUGCUACAUCACAGUAG